AACCUACACUCAAUCUGCGCACUUUAGCAGCCUCCUCAUAUCACUCUGUCUUCCACAAAACACAAACAGAACUCCCAAUUGGACUCUUCCUACUCUCUCUCUUCUUUGUCUCUCUCGGGGAAUUAGGGUUUUUACUGCCUUACUACUCGCUCUAUCCUUGUGGUUUAUGCGUUUCAAUGCCUGCUAAUUGCUUACCUAAAUCGCGUCUUCAAAACCCUAGACUGUGCCGAACUGCUCCAUUUUGUGGGCUAUUUUGGCUCAUCAGUGGAUUUGAGUCUUCACUUCUGUUGGAAUCGUGUGCCAGAAUUUGAUUCCAGCACCGUGUUUCUCAGAUGGGGCCGAAUCGCAGAAGGGGCGCCGGUAAAGCUGCUGCCGCUGCGGCUGCCCGUCGCCAAUGGAAGGUGGGUGAUCUUGUCCUCGCGAAAGUGAAAGGAUUUCCAGCUUGGCCAGCCACGGUAAGUGAGCCGGAGAAGUGGGGAUAUCCAGCUGAUUGGAAGAAAGUACUUGUCUACUUCUUUGGCACGCAGCAAAUAGCUUUCUGCAACCCUGCUGAUGUUGAAGCAUUUACUGAAGAGAAGAAGCAAUCUCUUUUGGUUAAACGUCAAGGAAAGGGUGCAGAUUUUGUUCGUGCAGUGCAGGAGAUUAUCGACAGUUAUGAAAAGUCUAAGAAACCAGACCAAUUUGAUGAUCUCAAUUCUGGUAAUGAAGUUACACUUGUAAAUGGUGGGAAUUCAAUGGAGUCAUCAGCAAACUUUGAAUUGAAGGAUCAGACUGAAACUUCCGAAGUAACUGUUACAGUGAGACGUGACACUAGCCUUGCAAGCAGUGUUGCUCCGGAUGUGGCAAAAGUUGGUUCUUUGCAUGAUGAAGAGGCCUCAUUGCAGCAGCCUGAUGAUAAUUUGGCGGCCACAGCAAAACCUGUUAUAACUACUUACACUUCAAGGAAAAGAUCUGGAGGCUUACGGUCUAGAAAACGUGCCACACAGAAAAAGGAUUCAUCAGUUGAAAGGUCUAUAAGGUUGGUAUCCUCUAGAUUCCAGAACUUCAUAAUGCCAUCGAAUGAUUGUAAACAGAGUGCAGUUGAUGCAUCAACUGAAGUAAUCCUAAACAGGUCCCUGCGAAGGAACAAGCGAUUUAGAAAAUCACCAUGUGCCUCUGAAUUGGAUGAUGUGGAUUCAUCUGCUUUUGUUUCAAAUGGAAGUGUUGAAGAUGAUGGCUCUGAAAUUGUAACAGUUGAUUCUGAUUCUCUGAGUCUGAAUGAAGGCAGCACUGUAGACAGUGCUUGUAAACCUGAGCACUCCGAAACUGAUGUUGAUGGUUUGGAAGCAGAUAUUGAGUUGAGCAAAGGGCUUGAUUUUCAAAUAAAGGCUGUUUUUAUCAAGAAGAAACGGAAACCAAACAGAAAGCGGGUGACUAAUGAAGCAAAUGAGCGACCUGCCAGGUUGGAAACAGAGGCAGAUUUGGAUGCUGGAGUGCCUGGUAGCAGCCAAAAUUCACAGUGGGCUUGCGAAAACUUGAGUGAGAGGCAUAACAAAGAUGAUGGAGAUGAGCACUUGCCACUAGUGAAACGAGCUAGAGUUAGAAUGGGCAAAUUAUCAUCACUGGAAGAUCACAGUGUUUUUUCUCAUGGGGAAGAAAAGACAUCCGAUGAAUUUGCAGUCAAUUUUGCUGAGGCACACAAUGGCUUAUGUCAAGUUGAAGAAAGAACCUCUGGGGAAGUUGCAGUCACUACGUUGGAGCAUAUUGGCCCUCCUUGUAAGUUCCAAGAUGAUUGUUCAGCUGAUAAAGGUUCAUUUUCAGUAAAGGAAGCUUUAGAUCAUGCAUCACCUCAGAAGGGCUGUGCUCAAACUCUAGGGAACAGGCCUCUGCUUUCAAUUGCUAAGGAGCAUCAAUCUCUUGGCUGUUCAGCAGAUGGUGAAGCUGCUUUACCUCCAUCCAAACGUCUUCAUCGUGCUCUAGAAGCCAUGUCUGCAAAUGCUGCUGAAGAAGGUCAGGCAUGUGCUGAUAUAUCAACCCUGAAAACAUCAAUAAAUGACUCCUUGUGCAAGUCUAUUAACAGAAAACGGAGUAAUUGUGCUAGAGAGCAAAGCAUAGAGUCUCCUGGCUGUAGGGCCUCUGCACUAUGCUCCAGCUCAAACAGAGUCUUAGAGGAAGCUAUAAAAGCACCAUUAAAAGCGGACAUCUGCAAUCAACCAACUGAAAGUUCUGAUAGCCAAGAGCAUUAUGAAGGUGUCUUGACAGAGGCCUUGGAUCAUGACCUUGGCAGAUCAUGUGUUGAGGGUGACACUAUUUCUAUCACCAUUCAACAAAAUGCAAAAGACUCCAUGCCAAAUUUUGACAGAAGAGAAGGCACUCUGCAAUCCAAUCAUGGUUCAUUUGAUCAGUUGUUCCUUCUCAAGGAUGAAAUAGGUUCUGAAAACAUCGAGUCAAGGGAUGUUGGAGAUGAAAAUCACAAUAAAGAUGUUUUGGAGCAUUCUCAAAUGAGUCCAAGUCUCAUCACACAGGUUGAUGAAACUGCUAAAGGUUCUUCUGAGAACGGUUCUAAUGUGUUUCCAUACAGUGCUGAGGAUACUGGCUGUGAGAAUACCGAGUCAUUGAGAUCUCUAGCUGAUGGCGACAACCAAGUCAAUGGCGUUUUCUAUCUUAGGUGUGAGGAGGCAAAAGUCGAAUAUGAGAAAAAACAAGAGAAAACUAAUUAUGCUUCUAUUUCUAAUGAUCAUUUGAAUGAAAGGGCGUCGCACUCAAGUCCAAUGCCAGCUGAUGGAGUAGAAUUGCUUGCUCAAACAUCGCCACCCACAACCUCAACAUGCCAUGUAUCUACUUCAGAAAGUGCUAAUUUUAUUCAAAAUAGUCAAUGCUCCAGCCCUAAUCGUUGUCACCAGAAAACUGUGUGCACAUCGAUUAACGAAGAAAAAAUGGAAUCAGUGGCAGUGCUGCAACACACAAAAUCCGUUGGCAAAUGGAGUAAUUAUGCAGAAGCACAGGCUGUUCUAUCAUCCUUCGAAAGAAUGCUUGGUUCAUUAACAAGGACGAAAGAGAGCAUUGGUCGAGCAACUCGCAUAGCCAUUGACUGUGCAAAGUUUGGCCUUUCUACUAAGGUAGUGGAGAUUUUAACCCACAACUUGGAAAAUGAGUCAAGUUUACAUAGGAGGGUGGAUUUAUUCUUCCUUGUGGAUUCUAUCACUCAAUGCUCUCGAGCUUUGAAAGGUGAUGUUGGUGGCAUAUACCCUUCAGCUAUUCAAUCAGUUUUAACACGCUUACUUUCAGCGGCUGCUCCUCCUGGAAGUUUCGCACUGGAAAAUCGGAGGCAGUGUUUGAAGGUUUUAAGGCUUUGGCUGGAAAGAAAGAUCCUUCCGGAGUCUGUUAUUCGCCAUCAUAUGCGGGAACUUGAUGCAUUAGGUGGUUCAUCUUCUGCUGGUGCUUAUUCUCGUCGAUCAGCUAGAACAGAAAGGGCUUUAGAUGAUCCUGUUAGGGACAUGGAGGGUAUGCUUGUCGAUGAAUAUGGAAGCAAUUCAAGUUUUCAGCUUCCAGGAUUUUGUAUGCCUCGCAUGCUUAAGGAUGAAGAUGAAGGAAGUGAUUCUGAUGGAGAGAGUUUUGAGGCUGUCACUCCUGAACAUAAUUAUGAAACCCCUGAAGAGCUUGAGACCACUCCAGCAGCAGAGAAGCACACACACAUCUUGGAAGAUGUUGAUGGGGAGCUUGAAAUGGAGGAUGUGGCUCCCUCUUGUGAAGUUGAAACUAGUUCUACCGGUGGUACUGCUGUGGUCAAUUCUUCAGGGCAUUUGCAAAAUCAAUUAGAACAGCAUUUUCCACUGCCUUUUGCCCCUCCUCUGCCUCAGGAUGUGCCACCAUCAUCACCACCAUUGCCAACAUCACCCCCUCCGCCUCCACCUCCACCACCACCUCUUGCUGCCCCACAGUCAUGUGGAAUGCCUGAUCCAUAUGUGGAUUCAAAGUUUUAUGCAAAUUCACAUAAUAUGCAUGAUGAUGCUAGAGAAUCUGUGGAUCAGCAGCCAGAAGCACCAAGAAUGAAUCCAUCAAUCUCCAAUGGGGUGCAUUACCAUGGUCCUGAAUGCAGGGAUCAGAUGCAGAUGCAGCAGUUUGACUCGAACUCUUUCAACAGUUACUCUGUACCUCCAGUGCACACAGAUGGACCAAACUUCCACCACAAGGCUUAUCCUCCAAGGCCUCCACACCCACCAACUUCAAAUCACUUCUCUUAUGUUCAGGCUGGCCAGCAUGUGAAGUCUCGGAGAGAGACCCCACCUCCUUACCACCACAGAUUCCACUCAUCACAUAGUGCAGAUGGUGGAAACUUCUAUAAUAACCACGACAGAAUGAGACCAGUCCCAUAUGAAAUGAAUGACGGCUGGAGAUACCCUGCACCUCCUUUUCCUGGUCCACGGCAUCCUGAUAAAAGUAGAGCAUCUCACCCACCUGGUCCUUAUGGUGGCCCCCCUAGAGAACCGAAUAGAAUUCCUCAUCAGGAAUGGUCAUUUCCUCCCCGGGGGACACAUCAUAGGAACUUCAUGCCUUUUAGACCUCCACCUGAAAGGGCAAUUCCAGUGUCAAAUAGAGUUCGAUCGGGAAUGGGAGCUUCUCCAUCUGUCCCAGAGAAAUCAAUCCAUCAAUUCUGUGUCAAGGACGCACGGGGUCAGGAUGUCGACCUUAGCAUCUACAAAGGCAAGGUUCUUCUCGUGGUUAAUGUCGCCUCCAAAUGUGGAUUUACAGAUUCGAAUUACACCCAGUUGACUGAUCUUUAUAACAAGUAUAAGGACCAAGGUUUUGAAGUCCUGGCGUUUCCAUGUAAUCAAUUUCUGAAACAAGAGCCAGGGACAAGUAAGGAUGCACAAGAGUUUGCUUGUACCAGAUAUAAGGCAGAAUAUCCAAUUUUUCAUAAGGUUCGCGUCAAUGGGCCGACUACAGCUCCUGUCUACAGAUUCCUCAAGGCGAGUAGAUCUGGAGUUUUUGGGUCUAGCAUAAAAUGGAAUUUUACCAAGUUCUUAGUCAAUAAGGAAGGGCAUGUCAUCAAUCGCUACAACACAACCACCAAUCCUUUGUCCCUUGAGGCUGAUAUCCAGAAAGCAUUGGAAGCAAAGUGAGAAAUGGCUAUGCGUAUGCUAUUCCCCGACUUAGUUACUGUAUAUUAUCAAUUGGUAUCUCUUAUUUAUGAUAUUCAGUUUUGCACGUUAGAGAAUAACUGUAAGAGAUUGUUGUAGAUAGAUAGUUUUGCUUAUUUGCUGUUCCUAUCGAUUUUUUCAAUGCACUUGUAUUCGUCUGGUUGAGAUUUUCCAGCAAUGUGAACGCCAUCUUUUCUGUA